AUGAUCCAAGAUCAAGACUCGUCCGCGGACGCCAAGACGAAGCCUGGUUCUCUAUUCUCAUCGUUGCCCUUGUUUUUCAUUCUUCCAACGAACUUGUCUUUAGAGGCUUUAGACAAGGCAGAAGAACGAUUGAUGAAGCAUGGCGGUAAAAUCACGUAUGAGAUUUCUGAAGCCAAAAUUAUUCUUGGAACGGUUGGCCGUCCAAAACGUGCUGCGCUUGAAUUACGCUCUCGAGGGGUCUGGACUGAGGAAGUUACUCCAGCGUCCAGUUCUGCCCCGAAAUCUGCCGAUACAAUCCCCGAGCCUCCCAAAAAGCGUCAAAAGAAAGAAGAGACGCAUGGUGGGGAAAACACACCAAUCGAAAUCAUCGACCUUAGUACUGGGUCCGAGAGUGAAGAAGCUAAACCUCAAAAUCACCAUGUCCCGGCACCCUACCUAGCGAAACAGGAAGAGGUCGACGAGAAGACACUCACGGUUCUCAAGCUGGAAUGGAUGGAUGCAUCCAUACAGGCUGGGAAGUGUAUACCUCAAGAUUCUUUCACAGUAUAUCGAGGACGAAAGAUACCUACUCCCACCACAGGAAAUAUAAAAAAGUCCUGGGAAGCAAAGUCAAAUCAAAUCAUUGAACGUGCAAAGAGAGAUACUGGACUCCCAUCUUCAUCUACUCAAACACCUGGGCGCCACCACGCAAGACAUGCCAAAGAACCAUCGGGUACAUCCUCCAGCCAGCUUUCUCCACCAAAACUUUACCGACAGACAACCUCCGAGAAUGACGAGAAGGAGCCCCUUCCUCCUAAGCCGGAUUGGGUCCGAGACCAUAUUCUCUUCGCGUGUCUGCGGUCUGCUCCCUUGCAUCCGCCAAAUAAAGAAUUCAUUUCACAACUGGUCAAAAUUCGUCGCAUUCGGGAACUCACGCUCGACCAGAUUGGUGUUCGAGCUUAUAGCACCUCUAUCGCAUCUCUAGCAGCAUAUCCACAUGUGAUACGUCGAGGAGAUGAGAUCUUGGCCUUGCCCGGGUGCGAUGUGAAGAUUGCGAAUCUUUUUACUCAAUGGCAACAGCAUGGUGGAUGUGAACAUACCGAUGACGAUGGAAAUGUCUCAGCAGCCGAUGCUUUAGACUCAGAUCCUGUGCUGUGCGUUCUGAAUUUAUUCUAUCAGAUCUGGGGCGUCGGUGCGAAGACCGCACGGGAGUUCUAUUACCACCGAGGCUGGCGUGAUCUUGAUGAUAUCGUUGAGCAUGGAUGGAGCUCACUUUCUCGCGUACAGCAGAUUGGACUCAAGUACUAUGACGAGUUCCAAGAAGGUGUCUCGCGCGCCGACUCCGAAUCCAUUGCUAAUAUUAUUCGAGAUCAUGCCAAUCGCGUUCGACCCAAAGGGGAUGGCAAAGUUGAGUGCGUUAUCGUUGGCGGAUACCGUCGUGGAAAGGAACAAAGCGGAGAUGUGGAUGUUAUCUUGACUCACCGCGAUGAUACUGUGACAAAGAAUCUGAUUGUUGAUGUUGUCGCUAGUCUUGAGAAAGACCAGUACAUUACACACACUCUCGCGUUACAUCUCACUUCAUCACAUCGAGAGCAACAGACUUUACCCUUGCAUGUCGAAGGAUCGAGGAAUUUUGAUACAUUGGACAAGGCACUUGUUGUCUGGCAAGUUCCACACUUCAGCCCAGACUUGAUAGAGGGGCAAAGAAAAAAGAACCCGAAUCAUCACCGUCGUGUUGACAUCAUUAUCUCACCAUGGCGCACUGUCGGCUGUGCUGUGCUAGGUUGGUCUGGUGAUACAACCUUCCAGCGAGAUCUGCGACGGUAUGCGAAGAAAGCCCACUCUUGGAAAUUUGACUCAAGUGGUGUACGAGCUCGUGAUUCGAAUGGACAGGUAGUAGAUCUCGAAUAUGGAGGAGAGACAUGGGAACAGCGUGAGAGGCUUGUUAUGGAGCGUAUUGGUAUAGGCUGGAGAGCACCUCAGGAAAGAUGCUCAGGAUAG